AUGCCCCAAUUUGAAGCCAUUCAGCUAAUAUAUGCCUUAACUAUUACUAGAGUGAUCGUUAAGUUCCGAAAAGAAGUAGAGGAUGACUGCCUGUUAAAUCGUGAAAAGGAGAACCUACUAAGAUUCCGUUCUCCUUAUAUCAGGGCCCUCGUUGAUACGCCGGCAGAUGAACACAAUGGGCCCCCUUUCCUAGUUUUGGAGCAUAUGGAUGAUUCACUGCCUGACAUGUGGAAACGCCGACAAGAACCGCCUUUCAAAGAAAUGAUUACUUCUCUUCUUCACGCCUUGAAUGUGAUACACACAAGAAACUACGUCCAUACUGGUAUAACACGUCUUUUCAGUUUUCUAUUAGUAAAGCAGUUCGCUAACGUUGUUUUAUUUCAAGACAUCGAGCCCAGGAACAUUCUACUUUCCAAAGUAGGGACUCCCAAUAUGGAAGUUAAACUAGCUGAUUUCGAGAAUGGUAUUUUACAAUUCUACAAUGACUGA